CCGAUUGCUGAAAAGUGCUCUGGACGUAAAGCCGGAGGACCGUACGCGUUCCAGGUUAAGCAGGUCCGCUUGAGUUCUGGUUGAGGAACUUCUGUUGGUGUUUGGGGCCGCAGGAAUCUGCAACCAUGGAUGACUCACACAUGCUUCAAGACCUGCUUUAGAUUUGGGUUUUCCUGGAAACCUUGAAACUACACUGAAGUUGAAUGAAUUGCUGAAGAGACCUAUGGUACACUUAGAAUUCUGAAGCAUAGACUUGAAGGUACAAGCCUGUAAUCCCAGCUACUCGGGAAGUAGAAGCAAGAAAUUUGCAGAUUCAAGGCCUGCCUGGGCUACAAGGUGAAGCUGGAGUUUCUGUGCUACAGAAAAGAAUUCCAGGAUCCACGGGAAAAAAGCAAAGGUGGACUUUAAGAUCAUUAAAUGAGGAGAGAGACAUGUAAUAGAAGAAGAAUAAUGGCCAGUGGUGGCAGAGGCAACGUCAAACUAUGCUUCGUGGUGUUCUGGGAAAGACCUUUCGACUUGCUGGCUAUACCAUUCAGUAUGGGUGUAUAGCUCAUUGUGCUUUUGAAUAUGUUGGUGGUGUUGUAAUGUGUUCUGGACCAUCAAUGGAACCCACAAUUCAAAAUUCAGAUAUUGUCUUUGCAGAAAAUCUUAGCCGACAUUUUUAUGGUAUCCAAAGAGGUGACAUUGUAAUUGCAAAAAGCCCAAGUGAUCCAAAAUCAAAUAUUUGUAAAAGAGUAAUUGGUUUGGAAGGAGACAAAAUCCUCACCACCAGUCCAUCAGAUAUCUUUAAAAACUGUAGUUAUGUGCCAACAGGUCAUGUUUGGUUAGAAGGUGAUAACUUACAGAAUUCUACAGACUCCAGGUACUACGGGCCUAUACCAUAUGGACUAAUACGAGGGCGGAUCUUCUUUAAGAUUUGGCCUUUCCGGGAUUUUGGAUUUCUGCGUGACAGCCCAAAUGGCCACAGAUUUUCUGAUGAUUAGCAAGCAUUUACUUUUUUGACUUGAUUAUUGUCUUCUAUUCAUAUGAAUUUAUUACUGCGGUUGAAACCAUGAAUUUAUCAAUAAACUAUUUGCUACUCAA